AUGACUCUUAAUAAUGGAGUGAAUUAUUUGAAGGGAACGGAACUAAUUGCCCCUUUUUUAGCCGAUUUCAAGUUGCACAACACGAAAGAAGUGCCUUCCAAAAUCUACCAAAUAUGCGGAGACGAAGGACUCGUGGUUGUAACAGCCGAGAACAAAGAAGAGAUCGCGGCGGAAAUCAAAGGCAAUUCGAAGUAUCUUGUCGCUGGGAGGGAUAAAAAGGACAGAUGUACCUUUAUCGACAGAAAGGCUAAAGUUGUAAACAGAAGAUGUGGAAGAAAGACCAAGUAUGUUUGCAGCACUGAACCUGUCACAACAACAACGGAAGCUCCAACAACAACUACAACGACAACCACAACGACAACCACAACGACAACCACAACAACAACGACAACAACUACGACAACAACAGAAGAGCCAUUUGUCUGCAUCCCCAGCGCAGAUCGACCAAGCCUGACCUCCUCUGAAUAUCACGUGGUCACUUCCCUCUCUUCCGGCGAAUCACGAACGUGGCACGAAGCACGUGACAUGUGCCAGGAGCUCGGAAGCGAGUGGGACCUCGCUGUCUUCGAGAAAAAAGGUGAGUUCGACUAUGUUCGUAACAUUGUUCAGAGUAAUUGCGCCCACUCCCAAAACUUCUGGCUCGGCUACAAGAACAAAGAAACUGUACAUAAGCGAGCAGCUGAAGGAUUUCUUUCCUGGGCGGCCAAUAGCGACAGCAGCGCGAAAUUUGAAUGCGCUCAGUGGGCUGGAGACGAGUUACUGGAAGUCCCGUGCAAAAACUACUGGAGUGGAAUCGAUGAAAAUGACGUUGGAGUUGGAUACAUCUGCGAAAGACAUGCAUGUAAGUUGUUUGAUUAA